AUGAAUACCAUACUCUCCACAUCCCAAUUCGUCCUUCCCCUGAUGGGGACGAUUCUGUGCUCCAGCCUGACCGGCACGAGCUACGUCCUACUCUACGUCCUGCUCUACGCCCUGCUCUCCCUCCUGCUCUCCCUCCUGCUGUUACCGAUCUCCUACCUCUUCAUCACGGUCGUCUGGUACGCCCGACGGAUCAUCCUGGGGACGGUCAAAUACAUCCUGCUCAUCCCGCCGCGGCUGCUAUGGUACAUCACCACGCUGCCGUUCGAAAUCAUGCUGUCCAUCGUGCAGCUCACCUUCCUCGCCGCCAAAAUGGCAUUUAUCGCCUUCGCGAUAUACAUUCUGAUGAGCUACGUCCGGGGUCCCCAACCCGCCGCCCCCACGGCGUCGGGGUUGUUCUGGCACCUGCUCGGAGGCCUGCACAGCCGGGCGUACACCACCGUGACCAGCUACGGAUUCCAGUACACCAUCGGUACCGCCGUCGCCGCGUUCGUCGCCGAGUACACCCGCGCACACAGCAGCUCGUACCCGCGCGUCCGCCGAGUUGUCUGGUUGCUGUGGGUGCUCGCCCGCAGGUGGGUUGCCAGCGGGGCGUUCUAUGAGAAUGGGUGGAACCCCGUCGACGAGCUGUAUGCUGCGGUGCCGAGGUUCGGGGGGUGGCUGAUGGAGGGUUCCGCCACGCAGGCGGUCGUGGCGCUGCUGCUGAAUGAGGUUCCGUAG